AUGGCCUACUGGGCUCUCGAGGCGUUGGACGGCUCCAAAACGGCACUCUCUUCCCUCGACAGAGUCGAGGGCACGGACCCUCCCGCCUACAAGCUCGGCUGCGUCAGGGGCACCACCACGCCGCUGCUGCAGAUGACCGACAAGAUCGAGAUCGAGGUCAAAGAGCUCACCGAGGACUCGAUCACCUUUGUGCUGUCUGGCUGCGACACGUCGACAGCCAAUGCUCUUCGCCGCGUCAUGAUCGCUGAGGUGCCCACCAUGGCGAUCGACAAGGUGGAGGUGCUCGCCAACUCGACGGUGCUCCACGACGACUUUAUUUCACACCGGCUGGGGCUCGUCCCACUCUUCUCGCUGCUCGCUCGCUGGGGCGAUAAGGAACUCGUGCCGUAUCGCCACGGUGACGCCGCGACCUACGGCACGGAUUCGGAGACAGGGCUUCCGCUGGAUCAGACAUUCCGGUUCAAUCGCGACUGCGACUGCAUGACGACGUGCCCAAAGUGCACGGCCGACUUCACGCUCGAGGUCGCGUGCAACCAGGACGAGACGCUCGAGGUGACGACCCGCGAGCUGAAGCCGGACCAGCCCCUCCGCUGCUACGCGGCAGACGGCAGGCGGCGAGAGGAUGACGGCGAUUUUGAGCCCGACGCCUCGGCAGGCGGCGAGCACAUUCUGCUCGUCAAGAUGCGCAAGGGGCAAAAGCUGCACAUCCGGGCGUCGGCGCAGCUCGGCAUCGGCAAGGAGCACGCGAAGUGGUCGCCCUGCUGCACCGCAGUCUUUGCUGUCGAUCCGACUGUCAUCUUCAGCGAGAAGGUGUACGCCACGAUGAGGGACUUUGUCGAUGCGUGCCCGAAGAAGGUAGCACGGCCGCAUGAGCCGCGCGAUUACCUGGUUGCUGACGGGGCUAACGAGGAGAGCUGCGUCGGCGAGCGCGAGAGGCAUUUCCGCUUCACGGUCGAGUCGACGGGGGCGCUCAAGCCGGAGGAAAUUGUCGAGCGAGCCGUGCUCAAAAAGAAGCUGCGGGAUGUGCAGGCCAACUUGAUCGCCGUCGUCGACAAUGAGGAGGCCAUCGGCCGAGGCUGA